GGAAAGGGCAGAUAGACGAUAUAACACAGAAGAUAGAGGAGAUUCAUCCAUGGAUAUAGAGGCUGCACGAAUUGCACGGCGACAACGAGGUUUCCAUCAACAUCGUCCGCCAUUGAGCCCUGCUGGUUGCCGGCGGCUUUCAGUGAAGCCGUGGAGAGGGCAAGGCACGUGUUGGGGAGUUUGGACGCUUUGGUCAAGUGCUAUUCCUAUGAAGGAAAGGUGGAAAGGACUUCUCAACCGCAAUUUUGUAGAGGAAUACGUGGCUAAUUUGGUAAUUGUAGAUGAGGCGGUGACGCAGACGGAUCGAACGGUGGAGCGUGCGGAGCAGACGGCGUCACGUGCACGUCCGUUUGAUGUUAUUGUAGCACUUACAAAAUCGUGUUUAAGGGCCCUGGAGAGAAGGUCGAACCCAAACAGUUGUCAACUUUUCUGGAGAAGCGUGACCUCUAUCGUUGGAUUGCUAAAAGUUGAAGCAAGGGCGAAAGAGGAAUUUGUAAUAUCACGCAAAGAUUUUGGCCAACCGGCAAUUUGCAGCUCGAUCGAAAGAGAGAAGGCACGUUAUAUAUCUGAGCUGGACAGAAAAUUUCAGACUCUUCAAGCUGAGGCAACAACUCUCUCAGCUCAACUCACUUUGUAC